UUGUGGAGCAAGAUUUCUUGCGCGCCCGCUGCAUGGCGGACGAUGGGGAGGGCUUCCGAUCCAGGCGGCUGCCCGUGCGGCGCCUCAAGGCGACGAUCGUCCAGAAGGUGGAGAUGAACCGGGUCACGAUCAUCCUCGCCGAGACUGGCUCAGGAAAGAGCUCGCAGGUCCCGCAAAUGCUGAUCGAGGAAGGGUUCGCCCCCAUUCUGUGCACGCAGCCGAGAAGGCUUGCCGUGGUCGCCGUGUCCAAAAUGGUGGCCGAGGAGCGAGGCUGCGAGCUUGGACAAGAAGUUGGAUUUCACAUUGGUCAGAUGAAUAGGACAAGUUCCCGCUCCAAAAUCGUCUUCCAGACUGCCGGUGUUCUUCUAGAGGAGAUCAAAUCCAAAGGUGUGGCUGCUCUUUCUCACUACAAGGUGGUCAUACUGGAUGAAAUCCACGAGAGGUCUGUGGAGUCAGAUAUGGUUCUUUGUUGCGUCAAGAUCUUGCUCUUUUGGAACAAGAACACACGUCUGGUACUCAUGUCUGCCACCGCUGACUUUAAACGCUACGAAAACUAUUUUGCCGAGCUUGGCGAAACAGUUGAGAAGGUGGCUGUCUCGAACUUGGCCUCGAAGAUCCAGCAACAUCUGUUCCAGUGCAGCGUGAAGUAUCUCGACCAGGUCGUGCAACAACUUGGAAACAAGGAAGAGCACUUGUCUGUAAUGAACUCGUUGGAGCAAAACCCCUCUCCCUUUAAGACCGGGACUGAUAUUGGGAUGGAGAUACAGCACCUGAUUUUCCAUCUUAUCGCUCACAUCCACAAAGAUGAGCCUGAUCGCAAGAAGGGAAUUCUGGUCUUCCUGCCAACUUAUCGUGCCUUGGAAGAGCAGUGGUCUCUCCUCACGCAACGGGCACUGGAUGUGGAGAUAUUUGUGCUCCACAGUAGCAUUGACAUCGACCAAUCUUUGGAAGCAAUAGAGGCGUACCAUUCAGUGAGGAAGGUGAUUCUUGCGACUGAUGUCGCCGAGUCUUCAAUUACAAUACCGGGAGCAUCGUUCGUCAUCGACUCAUGCCGCUGCCUAGAAGUGUUUUGGAACUCGAAAAUGAAGAGAGACGCUCCCCGGAUUGUCUGGGAGUCGAACUCACAGGCCGAACAACGUAAGGGGCGCACAGGGCGUACCUGCGAUGGUACUGUCUUUCGCAUGGUGCCACGAACAAUGUACGUGACAUUCAACAAGUUUGAGGUUCCCGCAAUGCAGCUCUUGUCUCUACGAAAGCAAGUACUGUCACUGUUUUGUGCUGAAGCACGAGCUUUGAAUGAUGCAUUGGCAUUCUUCGAUAAAUGCCUGAAUCCACCGCAUCCAGACACUGUUUAUGAUGCUUUGGAGUCACUUGAAGCACUGAACGCUCUACAGCGCGAUGCUAGAGGGAAGAAGUUGCCGACUCCAUAUGGACGAAUACUUGCGUCUCUUCCACUAUCUUUGGAGGCUUCUAUGCUUGUCAUGGAGGGCUGCGAACGCGGGUACCUGAAUGAGUGUGCUGUCAUAGCUUCUGUGCUAGACACUACGCCGAGUCCGAUUAUCCUACCUUUCGGAGCUAGCGCUACAGCACACUAUUCUUUUCAGUACUUCCAGGAAUCACAAAAUGGUGUCAGGCAAUCUCGUCAAGCUGCUCUUCUUGGCAACCUCUGCGCGUUUGAAUUCUGGCAGUGCGUCUUGAAGGACAACUAUCGGUGGCAAAAGCUAUCGCACGAAUUUUUAUCCUCAACGAUCGUCACCGUUCAUGGAGAGGAGUCGGAGAAGGAAUUCUGCAAACAGCAUCACCUUUCUUUGUUUUCACUCAACGCUGUCGCUGAGCUCUCUAGUUGCGUGCUAGAAGUUAUACAUCGGUGGAGACCACAGUCAAUAAAGCUUCUAACAGGACCUCCAUCUUAUUAUACGGCUUUCUCCUUCCAGCACCUCUGCUUUCAUAGCCAAGACGACGAGUCGUGCCUGGGACUUCCGUAUGUUUCAAAUGGGAGCUUCCACAACGAGAAUAACCAGUCAGAUUUGCUGAAGAUCAUUGUGGAGACUCAAGCAAGAUACUUAGAACCGCAGAGUAAUUACGAGUUGAUCCAUUUUCCUAAAGAAGAGGAAGGGAAAGUGCAGUGCGUGUACUUCCGUGGAGGCUUUUGCGCUAAAGGAAACGGCUGUGAGUUCUCACACUCCGUCUCUUCCACGCCAGUAUGCAAGUUUUUCUUGUCCGGGGAUGGAUGUCGCUAUGGUGCUCAUUGUCGAUAUAAGCACGACUCGGAUGUUCCACGCUGGGACAAUCAUCUUGAGCUUGACGAAGACGUAGCUCAGUUUCCUACGGUGCUGUGUUCUUCCACUCGAAACUUGGAGGGCACCAUGCUAUUUUUUGGAAGGGAGGCACUGUCUUAUAUCCAUCAGCUGCAAGAUCUUGCUACUGCAUCCAUCGCAGUAGCUUGCAACGAAGAUUCUCAGCUAGAAGCAGAGAAGUAUGAUCCAUCUCUCUCCACCGUGAUCCUGGACUUGCCUUCGAGAAUCCAGAUCCUUUGGGGGCUCAACGCAUCGUCUUUGGUUACUUCCUCCGCGGAAGAAGCGAGAGAGCUCCCAGACUGGACGAAAGUCAAGUGCAUCGUCUUGAACUUUCCACUCAGGAGCAUCAGCGAUCCAGAUCAACACAAGGCGUUCUUCCAGAAGCUUUUCCACUUCUUAACAGUGACGCAGUGUAAGAUCAACUUACUCAACAGUGGACUUGUGGUGCUUCUCACUAUGACCAACAUCGAAUUUUGCCAGUGCCAGGUAGAACGAGCUGGUCGAGAGAAUUUCCUCUUCCUCCAGUCCUCCACGGCAGUGGAUCCAGCGUUUUUCAAGGGGAGCUCUAUCCGACCGCCAGUAAAGCUCGUCACUUACAUCUUCAAGCUCGUGUUUCCCCGGAGGUUUCUUUGACGAGGUUAUCUUCGUUUUGUUCCCGCCCGGAAUUUUAUCUGCACCGUCGGAUCUAUUUCAAGUUUUUGCCUGCCCUAGAACAGGAGCGAUGGCAGUGGGGAGCUGGGAAUCCAUCGUUCUUCUCCAUUCAUAGCCAAGAAUGCUGAGGUCUGCUCUCCAAAUCCGAUGCUCAUUCCGUGGCGACCAAACAGGCAAGCAGCAGUGGCAAAAUCCCCUCGGCAUUGCAAGAUUUCGAGGCUGGGAUCUCGUCACGGCCACCAGCCUUCUGUGGAUGCUUCUGGCAGUAUGGCGCGCAGCCCAAUUGCAAUGUAUGCCCGGUGAGACUGCCAGGAGCUCUCCCGGUUCUCAACGAGAAGGUCGUGAAAUUCGCCUGGCGCUCAACUGCGAUCUCUCGCUGCGCUCCAAAUUCGAUCGCAGGCAGUACUUCUUCCCAAAGGGUACCAGAGCUCGCAGUUUGAUAUCUCGAUCGCCGGGCAUGGAAGCAUCGAGGUGGAUUCUCCGGUGGAGUAUGGUGGUGGUCACCGAAUGUUUGGAAUCACUAGAGUUCAUAUCGAAGAGGACGCUGGAAAGCUUGUUCAGUGGUGGAAGACUAUCAGGAUCACGACGCUCCAGCAUGCAGGAUGUUCUUGUGCUGGCUGACGACAAGAAUGUGUCGGAAUACUUUGAUAAUACAUUGGAGCAAGGUGCUGACAUGAAAAAUGCAGCUAACUUGAUAAUGGGAGACAUCGAAAGCUCUCGAUUUUGGACGUAAGAAUCUCUCCAAGCUUUUUGGCGGAGCUCGUUGGUCUCAUCUAGGAGGGAACGAUCGGUGGAAAAAUCGGGAAAGAAGCAUGUCUUGCUAACAGAUUUGCUCUCCAGAUUCUUCCCGAGUUGCUACAAAACGGUGGCACUGCGAAAGAAGUGAUUGAAGCCAAGGUUCUCACUCAGAUUUCCAACGAAGUGGAGACAGGUGAUCGAUCUCUCUUCCUUCUAGUAGCUAUUUCUGUCAAUUUUUUUCUCUCUCUUUUCUUUGUAUGUCAUGCUCUUGCGUGUUAAAAAGUCUUAUAUCGAUAAGAAUCUGGAGUUUUGGUAUAAAAGCCAACCGAGGUCAAACCCUUGACGUAAAAGGCUUCGUCAAGAGGCUUUUUCCCCUGGAUCAUCACUCGGCCUCACGCGAUAAAGAGUGCAAAGGAUAAGUCGAGCUCCACUGCUCCCAGGAGAGAAGGUUUGAGGCCUCGAAGCAGCCAAGCUCCUGCGGUAGAGCAUGCAAAAAAGGGGAAGAAGAAACAUAAAGCCACACCAAAUGCCAAACGUGGAAGGAUUUCGUUCCAAUCUCCACCAGCGGAAGACGAUGCCAGGGACGGCAAAGAAGAAGAAGCGGGGGCCACACCAAAGACAAAACGUGGAAGGACUUCAUGGCAGCGACGGCAAAGAAGAAGAAGAAGAAGAAGAAGAAGGGCUUCGUUCCAAUCUCCACUAGCGACUCUGGAAGAGAAGUCCGUAAUGGAUGUUGGCCUCGAACUGCUCCAGAGGUCGAGUGAUGCAGAGACGGUCAAGUUUAAGCACCCAUUCCUGACGUGGAUAGCGAGCGAGGAGAUGCCGAACGGGAAUAAGAUGGAACUUCCAUCGGAAUACACCGAGACGUUUGAGACAGCACCCUUGGGAAUUGCUGUGGGGAAUGCAGUUAGAUAUGGUUUGCGCUAUGCUGGGCUGAUUACAUCAACGUUUCACAAGAGCUUGAAUGAGCGGCCUAUGCUGCAGGCAAUCCUAGCAGGCUUGUUCAUGUCGGUACCCCCAGACGGCUACAGAAUGAGCUCAAGCUUUGCCUCA